GGGCCGUGCCGGGCCAUGGCGGAGCGGAGCGGCGCUCGCGUCCCGCGGGCGGGAGGCACCGGGGCGGGCGGGCGCGCCGUGCCCGGAGCGGGGCCGCAGGGACCGCCGGGGAGCCGCGCCGCCGCGCCGGGGCCGCUGGAGUGCCGCCGCUGCCGGUACCUGUGCACGGCCAGGGCCUGCUGCCAGGUGGUGGGAGCGCUGCUCGCCGCGCUGCUCCUGGUCUGCGGCUCCGUGUCCUACGGCUCGACGGGAGGCUACACGGGCGUCGCCAGCCUGGGGGGCAUCCACUACUACCAGUACGGCGGGGCGUACAGCGGCUUCGGCGGAGCGGACGGGGAGAAGGCCCGGCAGCUUGACCAGCGUUUCCACCUCCUCAAGCUGCCAAUUGCGAGGGCAGCAAUGGCCGUGGGAGGGUCUUUAACGGUCUUCUCCUGCCUUCUCAUUUUGUUUGGCGUCUUACGGGUACCGUGGCAUUUUCCAGCAUGGCUCCUACUUGAAUGCACCCUGGACGCAGUGGUAGGCAUUGGCUUGGUGCCUGCUCUGUACUAUUUCUUCCAUCAUUUGCUGGAGGUUUAUAAUUCAUCGGUGUGCAAAGAGAGAGAGCAGCUUUACCAAAGCAAAGGCUAUCAGGGUUUUCGGUGCAGCCUACAUGGGGCAGAGAUUGCUGCUGGCCUCUUAGGCUGCACAGCUGUCAUGGCCUACCUGCUUAGUGCUGGCCUGGCUGUCAAGGGGUACAGAACAGUUCGCAAACUGAAACAGAAGCCAGUACAAGUCUAUGAGCUUUAGAAUUAUUCCUCUGCUCUAGUAAUGCUCAGGAUUUUUGCCAGCCUCCUUACUGAGGUGAAACAGCACAUUUUUCUUGCUUGUUAACAGUGUAUCCUUAAUGCUACAACAGAACAGACACAGAAACAGUAUAGUUCCAAAUAUAGCAAAGCCAAGCUAUUCAAACUUGGAUUUGCAUUGUUGAAUUAUUAGUGGACACAUUGUCCUGCGGAUUGUCUUCAUCUGGCUGCUCUCUUAGUAGAGAAUGGCUGUUGUUGACUCUAGCAAGCUGCCUUUACAGGUAGUGCUUCUACCCCCUCGCUCAAGGCUUGUUCUCCAAUGAGAUCUUGCUACAAGUAGCUGGCAAGUCACCAUAAAUAACAAAACAGGAACAAAUAGAUUAAUCAGAACAAGUUAGAUAAAUAUAAACAUCAGGUGCAUAUCUGUUUUCUCACAAUUGCACGUCUGAAUGACCAUUCUCACCUCUUAUACUGGUCAGCCACUGAAAUUGGAAGAGAGCCUUCAAUUACAGCUUUGAUGAUACUCCGAGUCCGGUUAUCUCAGAUGUGCUCCAACAAUGUAUUUUCUCUUAGCCACUGCUAAAACCAUUUUUUUCUUUAGCAAAUUUGGUUUUGAAUGCUUCAAGGCUAUGCAGUCAGGGAGCGUACUGUGCUACUCUUCUGGAGAAAUCUUUGCUCACAAAUGUAGAUCGUUGAAAGAGAGGUUUAACUAGGCUCUAGGUUUCUCCCUCAGUCUCAUCUAGUACUUUGUGUACUAGGACAUCGCUUAUGGGAAAAUGUAGUACCCAGCACCUUCCUAAAAAUAAGAUAGCUGAUGUUGAUAAUCUCCCAGCAGGUAUCAGGUAGCACAGCUGGUAUCUGUCAUGGACACACAAGAUUG